AUAACACCAAACUCUAGCUCACUUUAUAUAAUAUCAACACAAUCUCACAAAAUUGCGCCCGUUCCUUCUUCCACCACCACCAUCGUUCUCUCGUCACAUACCUAUAUUCACGCAUAGCUUUACAUCUAUACUCAGCUCUUGCAUUGCUAUCCACACGACUAGGACUUAAGAUCGUCAAUCCCCAGCGUCCAGACCACUAUAACUUCAUCCCGCCAAGAUAAAAAGACCAGGCACCUCAUUCUCAGCGCCCACCGCCCCAAAUGUUCACCCGAGGCAGGUCGAAAGACCGCACCUCAAGGAAGGUGACUCCGCCAUCAGCAUCUUACAUGUCGAACGAUCAAUUCGCAAACUACCUCGCCGAGCUUCGAGAUAACCGCAUCGCUCGCCCUGGAGGUGCCCGCCCUGGUCCUGCUCCAUCCAACAACCGCAUGAGCCUCGACCAAACCAAUUUCAAGACAUACUCCCCAGCCCCGGCCGCCCCCAGCCCAGUCAACGAAGCCCCAGCCCCUGGACGCGCCGAAAGCAUAAUCUCCCACCGCCGCGCCCGCUCUUCCAUGUCUACAUCCUCACGCACCGGCCGCGCCCUCGUCCAGCCCCCCGCACCAGCGGGACCACCUCUUAGCGCCAACGUUGUCGUUCCCAGCGCGACAUAUAUGGUGCGCGGCCAGCGCUGGAUGGAGCGCGAGGAGAUGACGUCUCUCCGCGAUGCGCUCGAAGAUAUGGAUACCAACGAGGAACUCGAGGCCGAAAUCAAACUACAUGCAGCCGCGCAACAGGAAGCCUCGGACCUAGUAUGGAAACACCAGAACCCCCAGCCUACCCCUGAACCGGACGCACCCUACAGGUACCGCGAUCACAUGCGCAAGAACAGCUACCAGCAUGCGCGCGCGCAGAGCGUCGGACCGUAUACUGGCCCUGAUGCGGUUCCGGUCCUUGGAUUCCCGACGAGAUCUUUCUCGAACAGUUCGAACGUUAGCACGCAACGCGACCGCGUUUCCAGCGGCUCCUCCACAGGUUCGGACGCCCACCCGGCCCAGCGACCCGGCCAACGUGUUUCCUUUGACGAGCCUCGCGGUCGCGACCCCGUAUCACGCAAGGGCGCCAAAUCCUACGGCUCACUCGCACAUACCAUUGGACACGCCCCAUCACGCCGCCGGAGCAGCGGGAAACGCAAUAUCAGCGGCGAAUUCCGGUCCUCCUUCACUACGGACCAAAUCUGGGAGGAGCCAGGCGCGAGUGAUGACGAGGCAGCCAAGGCGGCUGCGAUGAAGGGGUCGGCGGAUGCGCCGGCGCCGCUGAGGGUUAAGCCUAGGAAUCCGCUGAAUAGAGUGCAGUUCGAGGCUGAUCCCGCGGCGCCGCGCGCGGCGAGCACGCCACCCCUGGAGCUCAAGCCCAGAGAGCGGUUCGAGAUCUACAAGAACCCUCCCUCGCAGAGCCGAAAUGCUGGGUACACCGCCAACCCCGCGCCCGCCACCGCACCGGCAGAUACCACCCCAGCGGACGCCCUCCAACCCCCCGCCGCAUCUUCCCCCACCAAAGACGGCCGCGAGAUCCGCAGCGACGACAUCCGCACCGCGACGACCAAGUCCCUGCGUGACCGCAGCCCGCUGCUCCCCACGCCCAGCGCCGUCUCCGACGCGCCCGGGCGGCCCAUCGUAAGCUUUGACCAGACGUGGACGCCGCCUUCGGCGGCGGCGAAGAUCAAGACUGAGGCUGAUGUGACGCCAGCUGCAGACUAUCGACGACCAAGGGUCGAAUCGAAAUUCGAGGCCACGAGACCCGUCCGCAAAAUCGGGGGGCCGAGAGAAGCGGCAGGGAGGGCUUAUGGGGGCGAUAAGGAAGUUGUCGGGACCGUUGGGCGGGGUCGUGGGGGGGUUGAGGCAUUCGUCGAGGUAAAGGGGGGAAGGGUGGAGGAGGAGAGGGGAGAAGUGAGGGGAGGAAAUAAGGGUGGAGUAAGGGGAGGAGUUAGGGGUGCGAGAGAGCCAUUGGUAAGUACGCAGAGUAGUCCUGAUGUUAUGGUUCGAGCGGCACCUUCGGCUUCAGUGCCUGCGCCGCCUACGAUUUCGGUCGAGGAGGCGCCGACUAUCUCGAUUAGUUCCGCGCCCUCGAUUUCCGUCUCCGAACCACCAUCUAUUUCCGUUUCUAGCUCACCAGCCAUCUCCGUCUCGGCGCCGCCAGCAAUUGCAGUUUCUGCACCACCACCGCCAUCGAUUUCCGUUUCUGCACCACCAGCAAUCUCUAUCUCAGAGCCGCCAGCAAUUUCCGUCUCCCGCCCGCCAGCCAUCUCGGUCAAUUCAGCACCAACGAUUUCCGUCUCCACACCACAAGUUCCCUCUAUCGUGGAGCCUUCUACCUCAUCUCGCCCUGCUGCCCGCGCCCUUCCCGACCCCAAAGUCCUGGCGCGCAACAAAGACCCCUUCGCGCGUCCUAAUCGCAUCUCCACAAGCCACUGGUCUCCCGCCCCCGCUCCCGCCGGUGCCCGCGCAACCGCAACCUGCCAUUACUGCCGGCACCCAAUUGCCGGGCGCGUGAUAGCGCUAGCUGGCCAUGCCGAGCGCUGGCAUCCGGGUUGCUUCUCCUGCCACUGCUGCCGCACGCAGCUCGCUGAUUUCGAGAUCAAGCCCGAGCCCGAGGCGGAACGUGCCGCUAGGUUGGAUCGGAUUGCAAGGCGGCAAGGCGGAGAGGUAGUAGAAGGCGACGAUGAAGGUGGCGCAAGGGCACAGGAUGAUGGCGAUGAGAGGUUAAGGUUCUACUGCCAUCUCGACUGGCACGAGCUAUUUGCACCAAGGUGCCGCCACUGCAAGACCCCUAUCGUUGGAUCGCAUGUCGUAGCGAUGGGCGCACACUUCCACACCGAACACUUCUUCUGCGCGGAGUGCGGAGAUCCUUUCCCACCUGGCAGUGCGCAUGUGGAGUUAGAAGGGUAUGCAUGGUGCACAGAGUGCGUGGCUGUGCGAACGGAGCGGCGCGCGCCGAAAUGCGGGUUGUGCAAGAAACCGGUUGUGGGACGCGUGGUGGGUGCGUUGGGGAGGGAGUUCCAUGAGGAUUGCUUUCGGUGUGGGGAGUGUGGGGGGGGGUUUGGGGAUGGGGAGAUCUUUUUGAGGGGGGAUGUGGGGGUGGCGUGUCGGGGGUGUAUGGAGAGGGGGUUGAAAGCUUGAGAGGCGGAGGGUAAUCACUCUUUAUAUGUCUCGUUUGUGGUAAUACGUCGGUCUUUAUGAUAUUUUCUUUGGUUCGCAUGGGUGGGAGCGUGGCGCGUUUUGCGUCUGGACACAGUCAUUUUAUUUGGAUGGGGGAAAAGCAUAGGGGUUGGAGCGAUGAUUGUGGGGGUGGCGAGCGAGACUGUUGUUAUGGUCUCGGAUAGAGCUUAAUUGAGGAGAUGA